AUGAACAACAUACCAAUCAUUUUGGCAGCUGUACAACAGCAAAACCUCAAGCUGAUUGAGCAAUUUUUGACACUCAAUUCAGGGGAGAAGCAUGAGGAGGAAUUGGAGGAUUUAGAAAGGAUUUUUUCUGGAAAGGAGCAAAUGCCUCGAAGCGUGUGGAUGCUAAAGCGUUACGGGACAUUUUGGGAGAAGGAUGUGCAGGAAAACAACGAAAUGUUCUUCAAGGAAAGCUUUCGAAUGGAGAAGAGGACCUUUUCGUUUUUGCCUUAUACACCUUGGGAUCAUCCGCGGAAUAUCGUUCCAUCGGAAGGCUGUUUGGAGUCGCACAAAACACUGUGUGCAAAAUUCUUCAUGAAUUUUGCGGGGCACUCAUUUUAG